ACUUCUAAAAUUAGGUACUACCCCCUAACUGCAUGGCCUCAACAGUUUGUAUUUUAUAAAGACUUGGAGCCUGCAUACAUAGAUCUUUCUAUAUCAUAGCAUAUCUGAAAUGGCUCAUAAAGUGACUAAAGUACUCACUAUAGAGGAAGCAAAAGUUAAAGUAGACAAACUUGUCACUGAAUUCCAGCAUGGAGAUAUCGGCCUAACUGUGAAUGAGGUGAUCAAGGCUGGCUCUCUGGGACAUGGCACUGCAGUUCCAGGAAAGUUUGACUUGGACUUAGUCAUCUACUCUUCAGAUGUAGAUGCAAGAGAAAUAAAAAACACCAGGGCAAAAAGACAGCGCACAACUUCUGGAGAUAUAGACACGGGCUAUGGGAAGUAUUUAGACAAACUGAGGAUCUUCUUAGGCAGUGUGCCGGGGGUGACGCUCAGCAAAACCAAACCACAUGCAGUGAAUUUCUACUACUAUGGAAUUGAAGUGGAUCUGCUGGUUAGCCCAAACUGGCCAAAUCUAGAUGCACUCUGGACGUUUCUCCAAGAUGUUGACCGAGAACACCUUUUCGAUUUCUCAGUGAAUGCCUCGAAGUGGCAGGUGCAAUUUUUCAGUGAGGUUCCAAGUCAGGCUAAAGAGUUUAUCAAGCGUGCUAAGGCUUGGAGGAACAAAACAUGGUCACACAGUAAUGUGGGAAAACCAACAUCUUAUCUCAUCUCUCUUCUCGUAUUGAAGGCAUACGAAAAUGCACGAGGGCGUGGUGUCAGCACAUCAAGCACCUCAUUAAUUGCUAGAGAGACAAAAGUUGAGCUAAAGAAGAUUGUUAGGGAUCACACAACUGUUAAUAUGCACUGGAAGAGGUACUACACUUAUAGUGUAUCUACUCUCUAUCCACGACUAUAUAUACCAAGUGAAAGAGAACCAAGAAUUCUCGAUCCGGCAAACCCUACGAACAACGUGUAUAAAACUGGAAUAAAUGGGAACUGGACACAGCUGGUCACUAACAUUGACACUAUCGAUCUCACAAAAGCUGUGGAAUAUUAAAGUCUUAAAUGAGCAUGCAUGUAUAGGUGUAAUACUGAUCAUUAGCUAAUGGUUAGCAGUUCAUGCAUGUAGUACUAGAAACUGGCAACUGAAAACUUUACUAGGAAUUAAUACUAUAAUGUUUGUCAUGUUCAUGAUGGUUAACCUCAAAACAAUUAAUAUUCUGAAGGAA